CCGACUGGACCGAGACUGUCGGGGUGCACCACAUCGACUAAACCUCCAAUGAUGCUGACCCUUUCAGCUUCUUUCACAUCUUCGGGGCCAUCUUCACACCCUCCCAGGUCCUUGUGGCGCAAUCCCGAGCCAAUGUGGCUGCUCGGUAACCAAUUAUCUCUGAUGGCGUUUUGUCCAAGAUCCCAGUAUGCCUUCUCUUAGAUCGGGAGGUUUGUUUCAUGCCACUGUUUUUGAGCCGAGUCUCUGUUUCACGCACCUCAGCCGAGGACGCAGCACCACCCACUCGAGGUCAGUCUACUAAGACUGCAAUAAAAGACAUGCCCAAACACACGUCCUUGCCUGCUCGUCACAUGAUUGACAAACUCAUGCUAACAAUUCCAUCAACCAGGCCGGCAUUUUGGGAUGGCGGUCGUUUCAGAGAAAGCUCCGAUGCCUCUGUUGUUCCACGAAGGGAGGCCCGUAACCGACACAGAGCCUCGAUGGUCCGGAUACUACCUAUGGGAAGUCAGCUACCCUUUCCCAGAAAAUGUGCGAUCCCAACUCGUGGAAGGAUCUCAUCUUAUCGUUUGUGCUACCGUGAGCAGCGUUUGUCCAAGUCCUCGGGAUCAUUGUCUUCCGCUCCCCAAGAAGUCAUCAUUCAGAGGAAGGCCAUGUUCGUCCUGUGCCAGGCCUCCCCAGAUACGGCGUGGACUGGGUUCCAGCUUUUCCCCCUCCCCCCUCGGCCCAAAUCCUUGACGGAUGUUUUCCUACAUGCUUUGAAAUGUUUUCCAGUGCGUCGUGGCAUUUUCAUUUUGUUGAGGCCGAAUGGCAACAUGUGAUAGGCAGCCCGUGGCAUCAUCACAGCUAUCCGAUAGUGAUCGGCGACUCCACGAAGCCGGAGAACUGACGUGGAAAGC